AAUCAAGGAACCCAAUGCGCAUGCGCAGUAGAUUCGUUUAGUUCCAGAGUGUGAUACACCUGUUCGUCCUGCUCAACAGAUUUUCUUUUAGGCCAGCUGCUUUUGUGCAGAAUAAAGAGGGAAUGUCAUCGACACGGACAAAGUCAAACGGCCGGGACUCAUUACCUGAACCCAAACCCAAAGUCCCGCUUCGUCGCUGGGAAGAGGAGCAAGAUGAUGAUUUAUUUGAUCCUGACAAAUUGCUUCAGUGCCCUUAUGACUCUAAUCAUAAAAUCCGGGCAUGUCGCCUUCCCUACCAUCUCAUCAAGUGCAAGAAGAACAAUCCUCAGCUGGCCAGUGAACUGUGGACAUGCCCAUUUAAUGCUCGUCACCUUAUGCCCAAACACGAGCUGUCCGGUCACAUGUCUACCUGCGUGGAUAGGUGCUCGGUAAAUACUGACUAUGCGGUAACUGAUGAGACCCAGGGCAAAUUUCAAAAUCCUGUCAGCACCUGGACUAUUCCUACAUGUGAAGAAGACUGGGACCAAGAGGAGGUAGAGUCAGGAUCAUCAGCAACACCAUUUGUCUGGGGAAUUUCAACCUCCCAGCUCAGCCAAGACAGGGCUGAGCCAGCUAUGACCCACAGUUUAACCUCUAGUGUCAGAGCCCCAAGAAUUCUUCCCUGGAAACUGGGCGUGUAAAAGCACAGUUCUCUCUUGCAAUGUGCUACAGCUGUGACUUACAGCUGCGAAUUGAUGCACCUUUUAUUAUUACUGGUUUCAGAAGUCUGCACUAAGUUAAAAACUUGCUGUUUAUCUGUUAAUAGAACACAUUGUUUUGGUUAAUGCCACUCUGUAAGAAUCUUAGUUUCAGAAUGUUUAAAGUAUCGUAAUAAAGUCCACUUAAGUAGGUUUAGUUCUUUAGUUGCGCUUCAGAGGAUUCGGGGAGGACAUGUGCAGAACAUAAGAAAAUGUGAGUGUGAUAUAUAGGAUACGGCCUUUUUUUGCAUUUGCAUGUACCAUUAAUAUUAAUAUACCUAUUUGUUUUCAAACAAAACCUUCAAGAUAAUUGUUUCUGACUGUUUUGAUCGAAGUCUCAGACGCAACAGUGCAGACUGUUACAUGACUAAGUGGUUACUGAUAUAGAUAUUGGUAUCCUACAAUAAAUUACUUUCAUUUAUUGAAGUCAUUAGGACACAAAACAGCUUACCAAGUUUGUAGACUGUAGCAACAUUGCUUUGGCAGGUUUUCUUUAAAAAAGCAAUAGCCUCCUUUUUAAUCUUCUCUUGGUCCAAGUUGAAAAUUUUUCUGUCUUCUUGUUUAAUAAAGAUUUCAUCAGAUCUGUUGUUAAAAUAGAGCACACUUGAGUGAAAUUUCUUACAUACAUACACUCAAGCACACCUGAAUUAUCAUAAUUUCAGUUUAUAAUCUGCUGAGCUUUUGAAGCAGCAACUUUAUUUGGAUAUAAUUGAUACUUUAUGGAAACAGUAACAUUUCAGUUCUGAAAUAACAUUUAUUGAAUCAACAGAAACAACACAAUGUGAGUCAUAACAAAAACAGACAGGUGCAAAAAUUUGGGCACCUAAAUGGAAUCAUCACAUCAAUAUCUAGUAGAGCCUCCUUUUGCUGAAAUAACAGCCUGUAGUCGCUUCCUAUAGCCAGUGAUAUGUCCCUGAAUGACCUAUGGUUAUGCUGAAAUUCACACUGAACUACAUUACCCAUCAGCCCCAGCGUGUCACAUGACUGUGUCACAUGUCCCAAUAAUGACUCACAUCUGUUCUGUGAGACCCAUAAUAAGCACACCAUAGAGGUAUUAGUUUUUCAGCACCUCAUCAAGCUUUUGUUGUAGUUGUGUUCAUGUGUUAUCAUGUGUGCUACAGCUGCUCUUAUUGUCUGUAUGUUUUUGCUUUGUGUCCAUUGUUACAUUUAUGGUUCUUGUUUUCACAGUUUUGGUUAUUUGUUUUGCACUUGAUUGUAUAAAAAUCUGUGCUUGCAUCUGCUGCCUUCUACAAUCCCUGACACUAUGUUGCAGAGUUUUUCCCUGUUUCAUUAAAGUUGCUAAAAAUAACA